AUCAUGUUGUUUCAGGACACAAUGAAAGGAAAGGAUAGAUGUCAGAUGGGAAAACUGUGAUAAAAACUGUAGAAAACCCUCCUUUUCCGGAAACGUUUGAGCCACAUUUAUCAGUGAACAACAGAGAUAACUGGAAUUUAUUAGCUUUCACUGAUAGGCAGCGAGUCUGCGUUGCAUUCGUCUUCUUCUGCGUCAGUUUAUCUGCUUUUAACGAGACACUUUAUGAGGUGUGUGUUGUAGUGAUUGUAAAACACUCUGAGACCAAUAUGUGAUGUUUCCUAAAGCUGUCCUGUAUAAGGUUUUAGGGUUGAUUCAGAUGUUAACAAGCCGUAAUCAAGUCCAGUCAGGUCAAGACAAGUUUUAUUUGUACAGCCAAACAUCACAAAUCACAAACUAGCCUCUGUACAAAACUUCAUGGCAAUAAAUCCGAUACUUGUUGAGACGUGUCACCAAAAACCAAACAUGUUAACUUCACGGUGGCGCUACCAGAGACAGCAGGAGUCAUCCUCUGGUGUCUGUACAAACAUUUAAUGGCAAUCCAUCCAAUAGUUGUUGAGAUAUUUCAGUCUUUAUCAUCAUUAUCUUAACGUGUGCAGCUUAUUUUUGCUCUUACGUAUUUUUAAAUUCUCCUGUAUUGUGUUGCUUGUUGACUGUGCUACUAUUGGCGCUUCUGGAAACCGGCCCCUCAGGGACAAAUAAAGUGUUUCGAAUUGAAUUGGGCCAAAGCAGUAGACUGAUAGACUGACGUUAGCAUCCAUAGAGGCACGCUGUCAGCAUAGUGAAUAAAAAUAUAUGUUUGCUGCUGUUAAGUUCUGCAUAUGUAAGCUCCAUUUUCUUAAGAGCAUGUUUUAAUAGAGUUUUCAUAAAUAACAUCAGGAGUCUGGAAAUUCUAAUCUCCUUGAGUGACUGCAGCACAGACUGCUGAGUGUGUGUGAUUUUUAUUAGUCAGUACACAGACUGCAGUAGUUGCCAGACACUUGACUCUCAGUGUCCUUGCAGCUAAUGAAAGAGUAUGAGAGUGAUGGUGUGACUGGAUCGAGAUUUAAACGCUGACUUGUUUCAAGAACACCUCGUGCAGAUUGCAGAGAGUCUACGAUCUACUAUACCCCUGCAGAUUUUGUCAGUAUACUCCUCGUUUUUCACCUCAUUGAUCUUUGUUUGCUCUGGUUUCACUUCACAGACGUCAGGUUCAAUAACUGACUAAGUACCCUUGGAGCUGAAAGGGACACUCGCUGAGCAGAGACUUCCCCACACAGUUCUUCCACUAAAACAUAACAGUUAUGACUCCCUACACCGUCUUACUGCUCGAGUCAGUUCUGUAAACUGCAGCUAUAAUGGCCUCUUAUUCAAGGUGAUGAAAGGACAUAUUUCAUAUCCCAGGAGCAGCUGGGAAAUCCUGUUUGGGCAAAGUGCAGUCAUAUCUCUUCCUCCUCCUCAACAGCUACGAUCAAGAUCCCUGUCACUGAAAUAUUUCAGUGUAGAUCGUGUGUGAUUCGAGGAAUCUGAUCCAGUGUCCUUAGCAAACCUUUUGUGGAUAAGUGUAGAUUAAUAUCAUCCUGUGAUAAUCUGUAUUCAGGUAGUUUACGAGUGUUCAUAAACUACCUGAAUACAAAUGAACUUAAAGCUUUUGCAAAAAUGUGUUUUGUUUGGAUAACAGAGAAAGAAGCAUCUGGGUCAGUCCACUAACAUCUGCUUCUUUUCAGCAGCAAAUUUCCAUUGGCAUGAUUCAAGGAUAGAAAUGGAUUCUGAAGGUUCACGCAUUCAAGAUGACCCAGAUGUCAAGGUGAUGUUGGCGGGGUCGACUCUGAGGAAGGUCAGGUCACGUUCGUGGAAGAAGCAACGGAAUUUCCGACUUCUGGAGGAUGGCCUGACUAUCCGGCACAAGUCCAGAUGGGCGGGAAAAAGUCACUCCACUUUCUCAGUGACUGAGGUGGAGGCGGUGCGUGAAGGCCACCAGUCGGAGGUCCUGCUGAGCAUUGCUGAGGAGUUCCCCGCCGACCUCUGCUUCACUUUGGUGUUUCACGGUCGCCAAGGCAACUUGGACCUCGUUGCCGAGUCCCCGGAGGAGGCGCAGGCCUGGAUCCAGGGAGUGCGCAAGCUGAUUCACAAGGCUCAAACGAUGGAUGAGAAAGAGAGGCUGGACCAGUGGGUCUGUGACUGGUUUCAGAAGGCCGACAAAAACAAAGACGGGAAGAUGAAUUUCAAGGAAGCGCGGAAACUGUUGAAGAUGAUGAAUGUAGAGAUGAAUGAGGAACACGCUCUGCAUCUCUUCACGAUGGCUGACAAGUCAGAGAGUGACUCUCUGGAAAUCGAGGAGUUUGUCCACUUCUAUAAGAUGCUGACCCAGAGGGAUGAAGUGUGGAAGGUGUUCCAGGACUACUCUGGAGAUGGAGAGAAGUUAAUGUUGGAGGAGCUGGAGAACUUCCUGAAGAUAGAGCAACACGAGGAAGAGAGCAGCGCAGAGCAUGCCCAGGAGCUGAUCGACCGCUAUGAACCAUCUGAAACAGCCAAGACACAAGGCGCCAUGUCUCUAGAUGGCUUCCAGAUGUACCUGUGCUCCCAGGAGGGCUCCAUAUUUAAACCCGAGCAUGUGCAUCUUCACCAGGACAUGAGCCAGCCGCUCAGCCACUACUUCAUCUCCUCCUCGCACAACACCUACCUCAUGGAGGACCAGCUCCGAGGGCAGAGCAGCCUGGAGGCAUACAUCAAGGCUCUGAAGAGAGGUUGCCGUUGUGUAGAGGUGGACUGCUGGGACGGCAGCGAUGGGGAACCUGUUGUGUAUCACGGUCACACUUUGACCUCAAAGAUCCUCUUCAAAGAUGUCAUUUCAACAGUCAAAGAAUACGCCUUCAAGGCUUCUGACUUCCCGGUCAUCCUGUCCCUCGAGAAUCACUGUGGCAUGGAGCAGCAGACUAUAAUGGCUCAGCACCUUAGCCAAAUCCUUGGUGACACGUUAUUAACCACCCUGCUGGAUGGGCAGGUCCCUCAACAGCUCCCCUCUCCAGAGGAACUGAAGGGAAAAAUUUUGCUUAAAGCCAAGAAGAUUGGCGGUCUAGAGGAUUGUCUCGAUGAAACCCUGACAGAUGACGUCAGUGAUGAGGACGAGAUGGCCAAUGGUGACGCUGAAAGCCCGUCUGCAGAAGACCUACCUGCUGAAUGUUUAAACCAGAAUGAGAAGAAAUCCAAGUCCAAACUCUCCAGGGAGCUAUCAGACUUAGUGGUUUACUGCAAGAGCGUACAUUUCCAUGGCUUUGAGCAUGCUCGCUCGCACGCCAAGUGCUAUGAAAUGUCUUCAUUCUCUGAGUCCAAGGCCAAGAGGCUUGUCAAGGAAACAGGGACAGACUUUGUGCAGUACAACACAAAGCAGCUGAGCAGGAUUUACCCCGGUGGCCUGAGGACCGACUCCUCGAACUAUAACCCCCAGGACAUGUGGAACGUCGGCUGCCAGAUAGUGGCUCUGAACUUCCAGACAGCUGGUCUGGAAAUGGAUCUGAACGAUGGGCUCUUCAAGCAGAACGGCUGCUGCGGCUACGUCCUCAAACCUGACUUCAUGAGAGACGGCAACACACAGUUCAGUCCGGAGAAACCUGAGGAACGCCAAGACUACAAACCACUCCGCUUAUCCAUAAAGGUGAUAAGUGGGCAGCAGCUACCGAAGGUGAAUCAGAAAGAGGGCUCUAUUGUAGACCCGCUGGUCAGAGUGGAGAUCUAUGGAGCUCCACAGGACCAGGCCAAAGAAGAGACCAGUCACAUUAACAACAAUGGUUUUAACCCAGAGUGGAAUGAAAUUCUAAAUUUCGUCAUCCACACGCCUGAGCUGGCCCUGGUUCGCUUUGUGGUGGAGGACUAUGACAAGGCGUCCAGAAAUGACUUCAUUGGACAGUUCACUCUCCCGUUUACAUGCAUCCAAACAGGAUACCGUCACAUACAUCUGCUUUCUAAAGAUGGAACAGCUAUCCCUCCCUCUUCACUCUUCAUCAAUAUCACCAUCUCAGAGCUCACAUGAAGAAGUUAAAUCUGAGUAUAUGAAGCCGGAGGUUGUCGUCGGUCCAACGUUUCCAUAAACCCGAAACCUGAGAGACGAGAACAGCAUGUUCCAGUACUUUUAUCUAAUAUUCAGCAAGUGCCAGGCCAAGUUAUGGUGUCAUAUUUAAUAUUUUCCCUCCUUUCUUACGUAGGUCUAAUAGCAAUGGGCAGGAAAAAUGUCAGAAAGAGACUCAGUCAUUUGAUUUCCAGCAGUUUUCACCCUAACAAAGAGGACUCUGUGUCUGAUUUUUUUUUUCCAGGGGAGCUGAAAACUUACAACUCAGUGAUAAAUUAGUCUUGAUGCAUCUCUUUUAUGACCAAAUCUAUUAAUUUAACAAAGAACUAGAGACAAGAGCGCAUGCAGUACUAUGAAAAAUUCAAGCUCGGUAUGAUGCCUGCUCACAUUUAUCAGUAUUAUUAUGUUUAAUAUGUGCAAUACUACAACUCAACCUUUUAUGGAUUAAAAAAAUCCUGAAAGCUUUGCAACUUUCUUUGGCUUGAAAUGAAGGAAUUUAAUGCUGCAUGUCUAGAAUGUCUAAAUAUACCCCAGUCUGCCUUCAAAUGUACUGUAAAUGGUAAGUAACAGUAUUGAAAGUUUAUGGUCACGAUGGAACGUGAAAAAAAAGCCAAACAUCUCUAUUAUAAACCAUUGAAAUACUCAAAGCUUUGCAUCAUGUCGGUUUAAUCCACAAUUAAAGCUGAGAAGUGCCUGCUUGAAAGAGUUAUUUCUAUUUACUAACGGACAAAUGCCACAAAGUAUGUGUGUACAAUGUACAGUAUGUGUAUAUGAGCUUGUAAAUACAUGCAAUACUUUUUCUAAAUGGUUGAACACCAUUGAAUAAAAAGAAUUCACAUAUAUUUCUCACUUA